AUGGCCAUCCGCGUUACAAGCAUCCUCAUGGCUGUUCUCUGCCUUGCCACAGCUGCCUCCAGCUCCUCCAUUCCUCGAAACUUCACCGCUUUUCACCGUGACGGACCGCGUCGCGCUCUUCUGCAGAUCCCCCCAUUCGACCCCGCUGCAGCCCUGGGCGCAGCAGCAGGAGCCAUGGCCGGCGCCGUCCAAUCAGCAGCCGCCACGUUGGCCAGCACCAUCGCGCAAGCUCCUGGCGGGCUCCUAUUCCACGACGCGGCUGGAAUCUGCCUCGAUUUUGGCCCUCUUCCCGCCUGCGACUUUUACUUCGAUCUGCUCGGUCCGCUCGGUCUGCCCUCGCUGCGCUUCCCCGUCGUCUCCGGCGGCGCUCUCGUGCUCUCCCAGCAGAACGGCGAUCGUCCCGUGAGCCUCGCCAUCGCCACCGGCGUUUCGCCUGACGCUGGCGAAAUUCUUGGUGAUAAGAAGGCGAAGAAGGGUGGUUACCAAGUGGAGAUUGAUGCGACGGGCCCGGCGAAGUACUGCAAGUGCGAGGCGGCGAAGCUGGCGAAAACAGUGGCGCAUGCUGGCGAUCAGUUCUACGCCACUGGACAGCCGGCCAAGGUAUGCGCGCGCACGUUUCAGAAGAACCUGCCAGCGUCGGCCUUCAAGGGGUGCUGUGUGCGCCUGCCACUCACCAGCGUGCAGCUCAAGGCACCCAAUGCCGUAGCCAUGGCCCGAAAGCGCAAGAGCGCCGCUAGCACUGCUGACUUGUGCCCGCGGGAUCUCAACGAGAUCCCGUACAUCGCUUGGAUGAACAAGCAGCUCGCGGCCGGCCGCAAGCCCGCCGGCCCCCUGCCCGAUGGUGCGCCCGGUGCGGGAGACACCUCGUUCGAAGCCCCGCGUGACGUGCCUACCCGCGGACGCCCUCAUGCCGACCGGGUUGCAUCAUCCCGCGUCGUGGACGACGAGGCCUUCGACGACGAUCCUGAUUUCAAUGACUGCGACGAGGCGUACGACGACGACGCGGACUCUGGCGAGGAGCCGGACAAGGGCAUGUCCCCCUCCGAGGACGAAGACGACGGCGACGAGGACGCUGAAGACGACGAGGACGUUGCCGAGGAGGCACAACCCACUACCCCGCCUACCCGUCGCGGCCGUGCGUCUACUGCGGCCGGAACCAAGACUGCCGCAAAGGGCGGAGAGCCUCCUCGUGGCGCGUCGAAGACGCGCAACCUGAACCCUGUCAGGCGGAGCGUGUGGUCUACCCGCGAGAGCACCAUUUUCGUCGCAGCUCGUUGGUUCAUGAAGGACGAGCUGGGCGCUCUCCUCGCCAAGCAGGGAUCCCAGUACUGGGCCCGCCUCGUGCGUCAUCUCGAGCAGGAGAACCCCGGGUGGGUCCGCGGCGUGAACGCACUGCAGAAGCAGUGGCGCAACCUCGUUAACGUGUACAAGCAGAUCAAGAAGGGGGAGAAGGCGAGCGGCAAGGGGGCGGUGUGCAAGCCUCCAUGGUACCCGUACAUGGCGCUAUUCCAGAACAACAAGGCUGUUGGUAACCCACACGCUGUCGACGGUGGUGGCGCGGCUCACGUCAACGUGCCGUGCGGUUUCGCGGUUCCGUCGCCAUCAGCACCAUGCACAUCUUCUCCGACUUUCACCGGGUAG